GGCGUAGACGUUCACACAAAUGAUAAAUCCUUCUUCGACUUUCAUCUGGAAAAAAAGGAAUACCGUUUCUGAAAUGUUUGUUUGUCAUGUGUGUUGCCAAGAUGAUGGUGCUGAAGGAACCGCCGAGAAAUCAAAUGUUCAGCAUGUAAAAUGUGCAAUCCAGUAUAAUAACGCAUACAUACUUACAGCCUAUUUUUUCUCAAGUUCGUUAUCCGGCACAGUACAAUAUUUACUUUAAGUACAGUACAUUUUCAAAGUAAAGUUUUGUUGUAAUUAACUUUUUUGAAUUUUACAUGACCUUUUAAUGUAAUCUUUAAGAAGCGUUCAUUUUUACACAUUUUUGAAAGUGUUUCUAACCAAUGCAUUUGAACAAAAUUAUUGACGAAGGCUACAAUUUUUUUAAAUCUCCUUCUGUAUGUUAGCACUGUCAAUAUUCAAACCAUACAUAAUGUUACAAUGCCUUACAACAAUUAACAUACAUUUUUAAGUGUAAAACAGCCAUCUUGGAGUCGAUAAACACUUAGGUCUACUACAUUGCUCUAUUUCAAUGUCGGUCAGGAUGCUGGUACUUGGAGAGCGAAGUUGUUUAGUGUGUUUGCUACCUUGUUUUUUUUAAGUACUUCGUGUAAAAAGUUUGAGAACCUCUGUCGUGUCACUUUCAUUAGGUGGGGGGUCAUCCAAAACUGGAUUAAAGCGAUCACAAGCAUGGAGAGAGAGAGAGAGAGAGAGAGAGAGAGAGAGAGAGAGAGAGAGAGAGAGAGAGAGAGAGAGAGAGAGAGAGAGAGAGAGAGAGAGAGAGAGAGAGAGAGAGAGAGAGAGAGUGUCUGAAUCUCAAUCAUUCCCUUCAGGGAGGGAGAGGACAGCAUCUUGGCUGGUGGUUCUGUUUCUCUCUUAGGAUUGAGCCAACCAAACAAGAUCGACCCCCCCCCCCCCCCAUCCACCGCCCUUUCCCACCUCGCCCUGCAGUCAUUGACGUGCAGCCGAAAGAGAGGGAUGUCUCCACAGACUGUCUUGUUUUGAAAGAAGAAAACAACUUUCUUUCUUUCUUGCUUACUUUCUCCCGGUUUGGACGCAUCGAGCUAUUUUUGCCGGUGGUUAGGAUGCUCCCCAGUCCGGUCGUAACAUCCUCCAGCACGCCUUUUUCGGUCAAGGACAUCUUGAAGUUGGAGCUGCAGCAGCAAUCUCAGGAGUUCCAGUUCAUCUCAUGCCUGUCGGGUCUGCCCGGCGCGCUCCCCUUGCAGCCCGCAGCGUUCCGAGCCCACUCUCCGCCCUCCUGCAUGCUGGCCCGCAGGGACAGUCCGAGCCCCAUCAGUUCGGAGAGCGACGAGAGGAUGUCGUUCCUCGGCGUGCUCGCCGGACCGGAUCGGCUGCACGCAGAGUCCGGGCUGCCGGUGGAGAUGUUCGGGAACCCGGCGCAGAUCCACCCCGUGGACUUGGAACUGGAGACCGAACAAGAGGAUCGAGACGCCAAGGUCGAGGAGACCGAGAAGCCACCGGGCAAGCAGCAGAGGACCAGGAGGAAGCCUCGGGUGCUCUUCUCUCAGGCUCAGGUGCUGGAGCUGGAGCGUCGCUUCAAGCGGCAGCGCUACCUGUCCGCCCCGGAGAGAGAGCACCUGGCCGCCUCGCUCAAACUCACGCCGACGCAGGUGAAGAUCUGGUUCCAGAAUCGGAGGUACAAAUGCAAGAGGCAGCGGCAGGACAAGACUUUGGAGAUGGCGGGACAUCACCACCACCACCAUCACCAUCACGCGCCGGGCCCUCCGCCGCCCCGGAGGGUGGCCGUGCCGGUUCUGGUGCGGGACGGCAGGCCGUGUUUGACUGGGUCGCCCACCUAUAACGCUUCUUACCCGACGGUGGGAACUCCGAGCCCGUACGCCUACAACGGCUACCCGGCCUACAGCUACAACAACUCGAUGUACACCAACACUUACUCUUGUACUAGUUUACCUGCUCUGCCAGCCUCCAGCGCCGCCAACGCCUUCGUCAACGUGAAUUUGGGCCCCCUGCAGGGUGCGCAGACGCAGAACCAGUCCGCGCAGGGGACUCUGCAGGGAAUCAGGGCAUGGUAGUGCAUCUUUUGGACGCGCGGCUCGGAUGGACACAUGGCGGUCGAUGCAGUGAAAUGACAACUUCAAAUUGGGGAGAAAAAUAAAAACAAAUGAAAAAAGUAAACGGUGGCUGCAUUGUGAAUGGAGUGGAACUAAAAUGAAAAAAAAAGGUUGACUGAAACUAAUGGAACCGAUUGUUUACUAAAUAUUAUCAA